AUUCAAACAAAUCGGACAACAUUUUUGGUUUUGUAUCCCAGAUUUUGGUUUCAAAUACCAUAACAUAAUGUUGAAGAUUGUAUUAUUGUUGUCGGCGGCGGCCCUUUGUUACGGCGCUGACCGAAGUAUUGACGACUACUGUUCAAAAGACGGCUAUAUGCCCGGACCCGAUCCCGACGACUACUACACAUGUGAGAAAGUGCCCGACCAGUGCUGGAACAGACAUCUGGUGCACUGUCCCGCUGGCGGCAUUUGGGAUCAACUCACCCACAAAUGUAAACCUAAACCGACGGCCGCACCCACACCCACGCCUACGCCCAAACCCACAGUCGGCCCAACACCCGAUCCGGUGGACCUCUACUGCUCCCGAGACGGCUAUAUGCCUGACUUCGAAGAUCACCACAAGUUCUAUCAGUGCGAAAACAUUGGACCCCACAAGUGGAGGCUGACUAUGCAAACCUGUCCCUCAGGCUAUACAUGGGUUCAGGAGCAUAAGAGAUGUGACGGACCCCCCGAUGGCCGCUAAAUUACUAUUCAUUUAAAAAGGUUUCUUAUGUUGUAUUAAUUUUAUUAUUUAUCAUGUUUAAUAUAUAAUUUAAUGCAUAUGUAAUUGUGUAAAACAC